UGCCCAAUACCUGGCAUGGGCUGUAUGACUGGAGCUCUCCGUGUUGCUUACCCUCUGCCACCAUMCAGGGAGAUAGCGGAGCCGGGUCGGGAGUUAAGGGCUGGAGRGAGGAAAUACCUUCCCAAGACAGUCCUCUCCAAGGACAUGCUGGGACCCUGUGGCUGUGCAGGGGAUUCAGGGGGAUGGUCGGCAGAGCUUUUUCUGUGCCAGGCACUCACAGUAACCCUGGGUGCUGCAGGGCUGGACCAUGAGCUGGCUUUCUCCAAGAUCAUUGUGGAGCUGCGAAAGAAGCACCCCGGUCACAUCCUGCCAGAUGAGGACCUGCAGUGGGUGUUCGUGAAUGCGGGCGGCUGGAUGGGCUCCAUGUGCCUGCUCCAUGCCUCGCUCACCGAGUACGUGCUGCUCUUCGGGACAGCUGUCGACACCGGGGGACACUCGGGUCGCUACUGGGCAGAUAUUUCUGACACUCUCAUCUCGGGGACAUUCCGGCAGUGGAAGGAGGGGACCACCAGAAGUGAGAUCUACUAUCCCGGGGACACCAUCGUGCACCAGGCGGGAGAGGCCACGUCAGUGCAGUGGAGCGCGGGCACCUGGAUGGUGGAGUACGGCCGGGGCUUCAUCCCCUCCACGCUCGCCUUCGCCCUGGCUGACACCCUCUUCAGCACUCAGGACUUCGUUACCCUCUUCUACACCCUGCGUGUCUACGCCAAGGGCCUGCUCCUGGAAGCCAAUGCCUUUUUCAGCACCUUUGGGUGCUGAGCCAGUCUUGCCAGGGCACCCUGCCGAGCCCACUUGGAUCCUUUCCUCCCGACCUUUUUCUCUUCCUCCCCGUGCCCAGGUUCUAGCAGAGGCAGCAGGAGAUCCCCUGUGCCUUCCCCAAAUUGUUCUGUCCUUUCCCCACAGGCCAACAGGGUGCCAGGACAGAGGGACCUUGGCAGUCCCAAUAACACAGACCACCUGUUCUCUUUACUACCUGCCUGUCCCUCCUUUCUCCUGUCGGAGUCAYGUCCUGCUUUUCCAUUCCUCGGGGCUGGAGUGGCCUUGCAGUGUACAAACACCCCUGUGUGCCCUCAGCAUGCAGCAGGAGAGAAGCUGGAGCUGGCUGUCCCCAGACCCUGAAAAAUUUCCUCAGCUCCUGAGACAAUCAGGGGAAGGAUGCUGCCCUCAGGGUAGGGUGCAGAGGGUAGACCAGACCAGAGCACCCAUGGCUAAGGCUGGCCACAAAGUCCCCCGUGUCUYUGGCAGCCUGCCGGGACUGCGGGCAGCGCAAAGCGCUGUGUCCAGCUGGCAGCAUCUCCUGUGGCUCCAUCCCUGCUGAUGUGGGCUGGCAGCACACAGCGUCACCCUGGCACGGGGCAGGAUCAGCACUGAGACCCCCUGGCAGUGAGGGGAUGCCUGGCUUCUCUGCCAGAGGGCCCUCUGGUCACAUGUGUGUCAUCUGCCCUAGGGGAUGGCUGGGGCUGGAAGAAGGUCACUUGCCCAUAGUUCCCUCCCAGAAAUGCCCCCCAAGGGGGAAUCCCACCGUCUGUCGCCUUAAUGGAGACCCCGUUCUGCGUGGCCUCUUGGCUAUGCACAUACCUAGUGUCCUCGAGUGCCCAAAUGUCUGUACUAGCUCAGGAUGGGAUCUCGCCCCUCAAAACGCUUCCCCCGGCUGUGAGACCCCCCCCCCCCGCCCCGUCCCUGGGGACAGCCACUCUGCUCGGCUCCCGGCAUGGGAUCCCGGCUGCCAGGAGAGUGCUGUGAUCCCCCAAACAAACAAACCCAGCUGUGGACCCUGCUUGCACCCCUGUGGCUAGACCCGUGUGAGCUCACUGCUUGGUGGAGGGCUUUCACCUCCAUGCUGCCAAACACACGUGUCCCUGGCCACCCCACCCUGUCGCAUGUUAAUCCUCCUGCUCCCUGGACUGUCCCUGUUCUGCUGACCAGCAGCCCUGCACACGGGCUUGUUCCUAGUUUGCUACCUGACCAGAUACCAGUAAUAAAACUGUUCAUCCCACACUCUGGAGUCUCUGGAGGAGUCUCUGGAGUGUGUUGAGGCCUGCCAUGGUGAAGGGUACUGCAGCAGUCCUGCGUGUCCUCAGGGAAACUGCUGUCAUCCCGCUCGGGGUCCUGGGAGCUGGGGGUACAGUGCUGGGCAGGAUCAGCCCUGUCAGCUCCCGGGGACUGGCAGAAGAUGGUGCUGUUACUCCUCUCGCCACUGCAGCCAYUGGGGACCAAAAGCCCGGGCUGGUGCCAGAUUGUUGCCUUCCAUGGGCAAUCCCAGAGUCCGGAAGGCUCCAUCCUUUUGGGGGAUAGCGCCAGUGCUGAGUUUAUGGCCCUCCUAAAGUGGACAGACUCGGGCAUAGGAGAUGGUGGUUUGGAGAGGUUUGCAUAGACACACAGGUGUGUGCACGUGUCAGACACGUGGUGAGUGUGUGUGUGUAUGUAUGUGCACAUGUUCACAGUCAUGUGCGUGCCCAUGCAGGUGACACAAGUGUGUCACGCCCUGUGCAUGUGCACAGCCCACAGUGCACAUGGACGCRGGUGUGCACACCACGGACAGGCAGGCUGUUCGUGUGUUUGCGUGCGCACAUGCGUGUGAAUGGGCUCUCUGUGUUCCUGUGUGUGUUCCURGGGGCUGCCAGGCCUCCCUGGCCCCACAGCAGCCCCGUUCCCUGGGGUUUAGCCAGGCCCCGUUGUGGAGCACGAGCGAUCCCACCGAGCUGGCCCGCACGGCAAGGCGCUAACUCAGCAGCUCGUAUCAAUACCGCUCCACUUACAGCGAAGGCCGCGUAAUGAAAAUCCGAUGGGCACGCUGGUGGGAGUAAA